UUUAACUUUUUGGGUUCUUUUUUCAUAAUUACAAGGCACAAAAUGGAACACACAGUCCUCAGAAUAACAUGCGUCUUGGUGGUUAUCUGUCUCUUGGAUACAAGGGUAGACUCCAAUGAAAUCUUGGGCCUGAAGCUCCCCAACAUUGACCCAAUCCUGAAUGCCAACACGGUGUGUCUGACACUGCCGGGGUUGACGCGGCGCCAGCUGGAGGUGUGCAUGCGGAACCCAGACGUGACAGCUUCAGCAAUCCAGGGAAUCCAGAUUGCCAUCCACGAGUGCCAGCACCAGUUCAGAGGGCACCGCUGGAACUGCUCAAGCCUGGAGACUAGGAACAAAAUACCCUAUGACAGCAUAGUCUUUAAAAGAGGUUUUAGGGAGAGUGCCUUUGCGUACGCCAUUGCCGCAGCAGGUGUGGUGCAUGCAGUGGCCAACGCCUGCUCCAUGGGCAAACUGAAGGCAUGCGGCUGUGAUGAGAAGCGACGGGGGGACGAGGAGGCCUUUCGCAUCAAACUGCACCGCUUGCAGCUGGAGGCCAUCCACCGGGGGAAGGGUAUGGUGCACGGCGUCAUGGAGCACUUCCCCGCUGACCUGCCAGGACCCCAGGACUCCUGGGAGUGGGGCGGCUGCAGCCCCGAUGUGGAAUUUGGAGAGAAGUUCUCGCGGGACUUCCUGGAUGCCCGUGAGACCUACAAAGACAUCCAUGCCCGAAUGAGGCUGCACAAUAAUAGAGUUGGGAGACAGGUGGUGCUUGACCACAUGAGAAGGAAAUGCAAGUGCCACGGGACGUCGGGGAGCUGCCAGCUAAAGACCUGCUGGCAAGUUACCCCAGAGUUCCGUGUGGUGGGCUCAAUCCUCAAAGAGCGCUUCCACAUCGCCACGCUUAUCAAGGCUCACAACCGGAACACCGGACAGCUCGACCACUCCCACCACAACAACCACCACAACCACCAUAACCAUCAUAGCCACCACAACCACCACCACCAUCACCAUCAUCAGAACAACCACCAUCACCACCACCACACGCAUCGGCGGCGGCCAAGCAUCAACGAACUGGUCUACUUUGAAAAGUCGCCAGAUUUCUGUGAACGGGACCUGGGGUCGGACUCAGCCGGCACGCAGGGCCGGAUCUGCAACAAGACCAGCCCCGGCAUGGACAACUGUGAAAGUCUGUGCUGCGGGAGAGGCCACAACAUCCUGCAGCAGACGAGGAGCGAACGUUGCAACUGCAAGUUUCACUGGUGCUGCUAUGUGGUUUGCGAAGAGUGCAGGAUAACAGAGUGGGUCAGUGUCUGUAAAUGAAGAAAAACACAUCAAAAGACUAAAUAAAGAAAACAAAGAAAAAGAGACAUUUUUAAAUCAAGACUAUUAAUUUGAAAGGGGAGUAUGACUGUAAUAUAUGUGCCCCGUAACUUUUGCGGUGGACUGCUGUUUUCCAGAAGAGCAAGGACAGAGUGUGAAGCAGUUGAGCCAGCAGAAAGAUAGAUGUGCAUGUGGG